AUGCGACUCAUACAAUCCCUGUCUUUGUUCCUCGCUGGUCUUUCGACGGUUCUCGCAGAUGUUGAGUUUGUUGUCCCGACGACAGGUACCAUAUUCAAAGCUGGAGAUGUCGUGACGGCGCAUUGGAGGGACACAGGCCGCUUCCCUCGAAUCUCGGACCUGACCACGUACGAUCUAUACCUCUGCACCGGUGGAGAUACACCAGGAACCCACACGGAAUUAUCAACCCUUGUACAAGGGGCGAGGUUUGCGCGAGGCAAUUCGGUUUCCUUCAGGAUCGACCCCGAAUUCGCGAGCCACGAACCAAAUGCAUACUUCCUCAAGAUGGACUCGACAGGCCCCGAAGCUUCCGUCAUCAAUUUGUCCCAGCGGUUCUCCGUGUUCGGCGCCCAUGCUGUCGAAGAGAGGCUGCAAGAAGAAUCCCAAAACGGGUCCCUGGAGAAACGACAAGGUUUAGCAGCGCAGGGGGCACAGGGAGCGGCGGGAGCACAGGCGGCACCAGUAGCGCAGGCACCGCAGGCCACUGGAAGCUACACAAUCCCCUACAGCUUGCAGACAGGGCCGACACGAUAUGCCCCCCAACCCAAGCCACCUGGAACGACCAUUCCGCCCAAAAAUGUCAAGCCGACACCACAGAACCCAACCAGCCCGUACGUCGUGGCAAUCACUCACCUUCCCCAGCCAACUGUCGAGACCACCACGUCGGAAGACCCGACGCGUACUGUUUGGGAAAUGGAGAACACUGCUGCCCCGGCUCCACACCCGCAUGGUUCGAAGGGCAAGCGUGAGGGAUGA